ACGUGCGAGCGCUUAAGGCUGGAUCUCCGGGCUGGAAGGAGGGUGCUUCCUGCGCGUGGUGGCUUUUAGGGUUUUUCUUGUGGCGUUGUAGAAGUCGGACCGCAUGGCGGAGAUAAUUCAGGAACGCAUAGAAGAUCGACUCCCCGAGUUGGAACAGCUGGAGCGCGUUGGGCUAUUCAGUCAUGCGGAGAUUAAGGCUAUCAUUAAGAAGGCUUCUGAUCUAGAGUACAAAAUACAGCGCAGAGCUCUUUUCAAGGAAGACUUUAUCAAUUAUGUUCAAUAUGAAAUUAAUCUUUUGGAGCUGAUCCAGAGGAGAAGAAUACGCAUUGGAUAUUCAUUUAAGAAGGAUGAGAUUGAGAAUUCUAUUGUACACCGAGUACAAGGUGUUUUCCGACGUGCUUCAGCAAAGUGGAAAGAUGAUGUUCAACUUUGGCUAUCCUACAUCGUUUUUUGUAAAAAAUGGGCUACCAAAGUUCAACUUAGCAAGGUGUUCUCUGCCAUGUUGGCCAUUCAUUCAAAUAAGCCAGCUUUGUGGAUUAUGGCGGCAAAAUGGGAAAUGGAAGAUCGCUUAUCUUCAGAAAGUGCGAGACAGCUAUUUCUUCGGGCUCUGCGCUUUCAUCCAGAAUGUCCAAAACUUUAUCAGGAAUAUUUUAGGAUGGAACUGAUGAAUACAGAAAAACUAAGAAAGGAAAAGCAAGAAUUUGAAAGAGCCGACAUGGAAAUGGAGACCUCCGAUUAUCCUGAAGAAAUCCUUAAGGGCGAGUUGGCACGGAUCAUCUACAAAAAUUCUAUAAACAUUAUUAAAGGUGCAGAAUUUCAUGUGUCACUGCUUUCGAUCGCACAGCUAUUUGACUUUGCCAAAGAUCUACAAAAAGAAAUUUAUGAUGACCUUCAGGCUCUACAUACAGAUGACCCUCUCACGUGGGAUUAUGUGGCGCGGCGAGAAUUAGAGAUCCAGCCAGAGCCAGGAGAAGAGCAGCCUGCUGUGAAACAAUCCAAAGCAGUGGAGGUGGGCCGGAAGGAGGAGAGGUGCUGUGCUGUGUAUGAAGAGGCCGUGAAGGCUCUGCCUACAGAGGCCAUGUGGAAGUGUUACAUCAACUUUUGUUUGGAAAGAUUUACCAAGAAGACAAGUAGCACGCUCCUCAAAGGGAAGAGGCUUCAGAGAACCAUGACUGCUUUCAGGAAGGCACAUGAACUCAGGCUGUUGCCAGAAUUCCAGUGCAAGCAGUGGAUUGAGUUGUUGCUGCACCAUAAGUUUUUAAAGGAAGCACUGGAGGUGGCAGUAGCCGGGACUGAAUUGUUUAGAGACUCUGGGACAAUGUGGCAGAUGAAGCUGAAGGUGCUGAUUAACUCAAAGAGUCCUGACAUAGCCAUGGUUUUUGAAGAAGCCUUCGCACACCUAAAAUCCCAGGAUUGUCUACCGUUGUGGAUUUCUUGGGCAGAGUGGAGUGAAGGUGUCCAAACCCCAGAAGACACUGAAGCAAUCUUUAAGAAAGCUCUUUUAGCUGUCAUUGGUGCCAACUCAGUAACUCUGAAGGAAAAGUACCUAGAUUGGGCUUAUCGAAGUGGUGGCUGCAAAAAGGCCAGAGCUGUGUUUAAAAGUUUACAGGAAAGCCGUCCGUUUUCAGUUGAGUUUUUCAGGAAAAUGAUUCAGUUUGAAAAGGAGCAAGAAUCCUGCAAGAUGGCCAAUUUGAGAGAGUAUUACGAGAGGGCUUUGAGAGAGUUCGGAUCUGUAGAUGCUGAUCUUUGGAUGGAUUAUAUCAAAGAAGAAUUGAACCAUCCCUUUGGUAGACCUGAGAACUGUGGGCAGAUUUAUUGGCGAGCCGUGAAAAUGUUGCAGGGAGAGUCAGCGGAGGUGUUUCUGGCUAAACACGCAAUGCAUCAGGCUGGCCAUUUGUGAAGAACAUAACCAACUUCUGAAAUAGUGUUAUAAGUCCCCUGGGCAGAUCUGUAUUAUGAGUCAAUCCUUAAUUGCUCAGAGAUGUCAGAUAAGAUGACCGAUUGUUUUUUUUUUUUUUUUUUUUAAAUAGCAAUUUUUUUUUUUUUUAUUAGCAGAGCACCUGUUUAAAGUGAGUAUGCUGAAGCACUUCCCUUCCAGCUAUAUUCACUCAACUGUAAAUGACACAACCAAGCAGGUGCCUGCUUUCCAUGGAAACCUAGCAAUUUAAACACACUGAAGCUCAACAAAAAUUUUUAUUUAAAAUAUGUUCCAAUCAGAAUGUGAACACUCUCUUAAUGGCUGAGUGAAGACAGCCAACUGUGCCAUGAAGGAGCUCUGAUCCCAGCCGUACAGCACUGCGGCCCAGCAGCAGGUGGAGAGAAACCAUGUGUCACCCACGUUGUCCUUUAAAAGAUUUGUCAUUUCUAAAACUGACAAACUGUAUUUUUCAUCUUAAAGUAGAGGUUUAAGGUCGAGGCAGUCAGUUCUCACUGGUGUUUGAAGUUGGCUUUUCUCUUCUCCACAAUGCAGUCAUCCCUUUUCUGUCAUCAGUGGUGAAGGUUGAAUAAAAGAGUUUGUUCUCCAACUUAUUUCCUUCUGUUAAUGUCAUUUCAAAAGCUG